AGUUUUUAAAGCAAAAAGAAAUAGUGAAUGCUUUCGAGGCAACACGGAAGGUUCACAGGCAGCACAAGCUUGGAACCAAUAGCCUUAAUCAUUAAACUGAAAGAAUAAUAAUCUCCCUCAAGAUGAUGAAAAUUAUCGACAAGAUCAAGAACCAUGGCCAUGAGCAUGACAACGCGGCUGUCGAGAAGGCAGCAGCAGAAGCAGCAGCGCAGCAGAGGCGCGAGCAGGAGCAAAAAGGACCCAAAAUGCAUCCCGAGCUUUUGGAGCUCUACACCGUCUCAGACAAGGUCUUGGGUGUAGGCACUUUUGCCACGGUGAAGGAGAUUGUAGAGAAAUCGACUGGUAAAAAGUUCGCACUGAAGAUUAUCCUCAAGAAGACACUUCAGGGAAAAGCCGCUAUGCUGGAGACUGAGAUCUCAAUCUUGUCCAAAGUUCGUCAUCCCAAUUGCGUUUCCUUGCUCGAGUUAUUUGAGACUGAUGAUGCCGUCUAUUUGAUCACAGAUCUUGCGGAGGGUGGAGAGCUCUUUGAUCAACUUUUGCAGAAGGGUUUCUACACUGAAGGAGAUGCUGCUCGCUUAGUUUACGAAAUUCUAUCAGGUGUGGAAUACUUGCACAAAAUGGGUAUUGUCCACAGAGACUUGAAACCCGAGAACUUGUUGUUCGCAGACAAGUCCGAGAAUGCGCGUUUAAUGAUUACGGAUUUUGGAUUGAGUAAGGUUCUGACGGGAGGCAACGACGUGUUGAUGACUGCUUGUGGUACGCCCGGAUAUGUAGCUCCCGAGGUUCUGGAACAAAUUGGACACGGCAAGCCAGUUGAUAUGUGGAGUAUUGGAGUCAUUGCUUAUACACUGCUUUGCGGAUACACCCCAUUCUGGGGAGAUGAUCAACCUUCAUUGUUCGAAAACAUUAUUUCGGGACAAUACGAGUAUGAAGAGGAAUAUUGGAAGGAUAUUUCCGAUCUUGCCAAAAACUUUAUCGAUUCACUUUUGGUCCCUGCUGAUAAGAGGCCAACAGCCACUCUCGCUCUGAGCCAUCCCUGGUUCCGUACCGUGUUGGAGCAGGACAUGGUGACACCUGUCUCGCCUACCGACAGCGUCAAUCUUAUGCCUGGAAUGCGCAAGAACUUCAAUGCUCGCUCUACUUUCAAGAAGGCUGUUCGUGCAGUGGGUUUGAUUCGAAAGAUCAACGCCAACUCUUCAGACUCAUCGUUUGGUUCGGGUGAGGAUAUGGCAAGCCAGCAAGAAGUCACUAUGAUUGGCGGUAAGGGUCGCCCUUCAAGUACAUUGAGCUUCCAUGAUAUCGUGAAUGUUGCAGUUCUGUCUAGUAAGGGUCUUGGCUUGAGUACGACUGAGGAAGACGAGGAUGGCGAAACAGAAGGUCUUGAAAAAGCCACAGCAAACUUGGAUAUUAAGGAUUCGUAAAAAAUGCAAAUAGCCUCCUAUUAUUUCGUCGUUUUAGUUUAGGAUACCCUCACAUGCCAGUUAC